AUGUUCUGGCUUGUUGAGUUCCUGUUUAUCGUUGUACAAGUGCUUAGCGAGAGAAGAACAGUCGUUGAUAUAGUGAGGCAGUGCCUGUGGUUCCAACCUGGGAAGUUGUGGGAAUAG